UUGUAGCAAGGCAUUGCAACUGAGCUCGUCGAUUUCUUUCUGUCUCUUCUGCGGCAGUAGGAUGGUCGCCCUGGUCUCCGGGAUCACGCCGGUCGAUUCAACCGGCAGCUCCUGUCUCCUGUGCUCCGUCUGCCAUUUUCUGCUCAUUAAACCCAAACAGACCGAGUGUGGACACCGAUACUGUACCGCCUGCCUGGAGAACCUGUUUAAAACAGAUAAUGAAGCAGACUGCCAUGUAUGUCAGCAGAAGGUUUUUCGUUCUAAGGUCUACCACGACAGAGCUGCCGAAAAUGAUGCUUAUGCCACAAAGGUUCAAUGUACGGCUCACCGGGACGGUUGUGAGUGGACAGGGACACUGCGAAACUACUUGCGCACACACCGAGCCCAGUGCGAUUUCCAUGUGGUCCCCUGUUCCAAUGUCACAUUUGGCUGCGAGACCCUGGGCCCCAGGAAGAAGAUGGCAGCACACGAAACGCAGGAGUGCGAGUGGAGGAUGGAGCUCUGCCCCCAGUGUGAGACCUUCUGUGUUCACAAGCUGCUGGAGGAUCAUAUCACGACGUGUUUCAAACGGAAGCAGUCAUGUCCCAUGUGCGGCAAGACGGAUUUAACAAAGGCCGAGUUGGAGGAACACUGUGACCCUCAUGACGGCACCUGCCCUGAUGCCCAGGUCUCCUGCUCCUUUAAGGACAUUGGCUGCCUGGAGAAGCCCCGGAGGCGGGACGCGCAGCCGGCGCACCUCUUACAGAUGAUGAACCGGAGAGAGAGCCUUCGUGCUGGGAGACCGUCCGAGGUCGGGGGGCCGGCGGCGGCAGCGGCAGGGGCGGUGCAAGCCUCGGAGGAGCUGAGCGCCCUGGAGCGGAAGGCGGACGGCCUGGAGAGCUCGGUGAGCGGCCUGAACCGGGAGCUGGACAAGUACGCCCACCUGCUGGAGGCGCUGCAGCGCCGCUGCCUGCAGUACGAGCAGCUGAUCUCGGGGCUGCAGAGGAAGGUGCGGGCGCUAGAGGGUGCCCGAGAGUCACCCGCGAGCACCAAUGGAGUUCUACUCUGGAAGAUCCGGGACUUUUCCUCGUGCCUGACGGCCGCCAGGGCUGAGCGGGUGACGUCAUUCUACUCUCCAGUCUUCUGCACUCACCCCUUUGGGUACCGUCUCUGCUGCAGGGUCUACCCGAACGGAGACGGCAGCGGCCGGGGCAGCCACGUCUCCCUUUUCCUGGCCAUCGUGCGCGGCGACUACGACGACGUGCUGCCCUGGCCGUUCCGGCAGAGGGUCACCUUCAUGCUGCUGGACCAGGCGCAGCAGAAGCACCACCUCAAGGAGUCCUUCACCCCGGACGUGCUGAGCGGCUCCUUCCAGAAGCCCCGGAGCCACAUGAACGUGGCGAGCGGCUGCCCCACCUUCGCCAGGCACGACCUGCUGCAGAAAGCGCACGGCCCCUACCUGAGGGACGACACACUCUACAUCAAGGUGGUGGUGGACACGGCGGGGCUGGUGCCCUGAGUUCCUCAAUCCCAUUUCCAACCCUCACCCACCCAACACACGGGACAGUCCUCUCCACCUCCCUCCCCCGUUGUUUCGCCUCCACUGAGUACCCCUAAUGGGUCUCCUUAGCUGAGGAAGGAUAUUCCUGGCCUGGAGAUUGUGCAACAGAAGUUUCCCCGGACUCAUUCCUGGCGUGGCAGGAAUGAAGAGACUGGAUGGGUUAGGACCGUGUUCUCCUGCAGUUUAGAAGAGUGAGUGGGAAAUCUCACAGAAACCUAUAGGAUUCUGACAGGACUAGACAGGGUAAAUGCGGUUCCUAGCGAUCAAGGGACCCAGAACCUCGGGUCACAGUCUAAAGAUACCAGGUAGCUGUUUAGCACUGAGAUGAGGAGAAAAAUGUCUUUAACCAGAGAGUGGUGAGCCUGUGGACUUCUCUGCUGCAGAAGGCUGUUGAGGCCAAAAUGUUGCUUUUUAGAAGGAGUUGGGUGUAGUUCUUGGGGCUAAAGGGAUCAAGGGGAGAAAGUCGGAGCAGGAUACUGAGUUGGAUGAUCUGCUGUCAUCCUACUGAUUGGCAGAGCAAGCUCGAGGGGC